AUGAAAACACUCGGGAGAGAGGCGGGCCAGGCGUGCGCGCCCUGCUGCUGCAGAUGGAGCGAGAAAUGGCUCGCGCUUAGAAGCGCUUCUGUCGAGCGGCUGGUGCUGGGCGCCAUAUCCACGUUGCCUUCGGGGGAGGUCCCACUGCGUUCAGAGAAAGCAGGAGCAAUAUCGGCCUGCCAGAAGUGUCUGCAGUCGUUUCCUGCUUGGUCGCAGAAAUCUCCAUAUCCCUUUCAGGACAAAGCAUCAGAGAGCAAUGCAGUGGUACAGAAGUCUGCAUCUCUAUCUGUGGCACAACUAGCAGGGAAAUUCCAAGAUCAACCACCUCUUUCUGGAAAGGAGAUACCAGCUGAUAAGCCAGCCCGCAGAAAACCACCAUGUUCCCUCCCUCUCCAUCCACACAAGACAGAGCUUGGCCAGAAUGGUGAGCUUAAACCUUCUCCAAAUGCUUCUCAUCCUCCAAGGGUAAAAGUAAAAAGCUCUCCCAUGAUUGAAAAACUUCAGGCCAAUCUGGCAUUUGCUCCAGCUUCAUUACUGCCAGGGGCUUCUCCCAAAAGUCCUGGCCUAAAAGUAAUGGUUUCUCCAUUUAACAGUCCAGCCACUACUCCCAGCAGUACACAAAUUCAGUCUCAUGCAAAUGAAUCAAAGGAGACACCAGUUGGCUUUGAUCAGCCACCAGAGGGCACUCACCUUCAGUUCUAUAAUAAGGUACGAACCCGGGGAUCAAUUAAACGCAGGCCUCCCUCUAGAAGAUUUCGAAAGUCACAAUCAGAGAGUGAUGACCAAGAUUUAGGGGUGACUCUUUUACCUCAGGAGAAUGGUGCCAGGGAAGAGGAGAGUGAGGAUGGUGUAUUCGUGGACAAGAGCAAGACUGUGAAAUCACUCUCUCCCACUGUAGAUGGUGUAGACCACAAUGUGAAACAAAACAGGAGCACAUCUGAUGAAAAAACCUUAUUGGAUCAGAAAUCUGGAAGAACAGCAAACAAGGAGGAAGAAUUGGGAACAGAAAAAGAGACAUUAGAUAAGGACUGCACAGAAGAGAAGUCACACCAGAACGCUGCAGAGGAAAACCCAUAUGAGAGUAUCAAGAAAAACAAGGAGACAAAUCCAGGUUGCAGCACUGCAGACAAUAUGGAAGGAGAGUCAUGCAAGACCAGUUUGUUGGAUAAGGAGGUUGAUAAUGGUUCUGAACAGAGGAAUGAAGAUAAAGGAGAGAGGGGGGAUAAAUUCUGUGAGAGUGAAAACAUAAAGCAGAGAUCAGACUCACAAGACACAGGGACUCCACAGCCUGCAGGAGACACCACAAUGUGAUAAUAAAACUGGUUAUACACUGAAUGGAGACACUGAGAUAAGGGUAGGAUUUCCAGCACAGCACUUGCUUCUGAAGGACCUAAAGCUCAUCUUAAUAUGAAAACCCCAGGGAUGCCAGUAUUACUCAUUUCCUUUUGGCAGUUCUUAGGUUCUUUACCGUGGCAAAUAUGGUCAACUUGGAUGGAAGACAGCCUGAUAUAGACACUGUUAGGUUUCUCAAGCUGGUGAUUCUCCAAGAAAAAUAUGUUCAGUUACAGAAAGCAACAGUUGCCGAAUCGUCACAUUUUAUUCUACAGUCUAGCUCUAAUAGUAACAGCAUUUGUCAAAUUGAAAGAACUCUAAUGCAUAUUAGUUACAUUUUCUGAUUAAAGUGGACAUUUUCAAA